AUGUUAGCAAACUUUGGGUUUGGAACCAAAUGGAUCUCCUGGAUUAAGGAGUGUGUGUCUACUGUAAGGCUCUCAAUACUUGUUAAUGGUUCACCAACCAAGGAGUUUAGUUCCAAGAAAGGUAUUAGGCAAGGUGAUCUCCUCUUACCAUGUCUAUUUAUUCUUGUGGCAGAAGCCCUAAACAUACUAUUGAAGAGAGCUAGAGAGUUGAGACUGCUAAAAGGGGUGAUUAUUAGGGACAAUCAGGUUGUGUUUUCUCAUUUACAAUUUGCAGACUCCUCUCUAUUGUUCUGUCAAGUUGAGGUUUCAGAAGUUCUUUUCUUAAAAAGGGCUCUCAGGUGUUUUGAACUAGCUUCAGGGCUUAAAAUCAACUACCACAAGAGUGUACUUUGUAGGAUUGACACUUCUGAUUCUUCCCUCAGUGAGUUUGCCUCCUUACUAAACUGCAAGACUCAAAAGCUUCCUCUUAAUUAUCUAGGUUUGCCAUUGGGUGCUAGUCCAAGGAGAAAGAAGACAUGGAAGCCUAUUGUUGAUAAACUUAAAUUAAGGCUUGCUGGUUGGAAAAAGGAGAAUCCUAUCAUUUGCAGGGUACCUGAAGGAAUAACAAAGGAGAUAGAUCAAAUUCACGCAACAUUCUUAUGGAGUGACCCAGAUUUGAAAAGAAAAAUCCAGAGAAUGAGAUUCUGGCACGAUAAAUGGUGUGGAGAUAUUUACCUCAAAGAGGAGUUCCCAAGGUUAUUUGGGUUGUCUAAUGAGAAAGAGAGCUCUCUUAAGGACCUAGCGGUUAACACAACCGCCUCACAAAACUGGUUACUCAAUUUUAGAAGACUCUUAUUUGAAUGGGAAAAUGAGGAACUUCUUAGACUCAUUAAAAGCUUGCAAGCAGCUCCUGUUCUAAAUCUGGCAGUCAAGGAUAGUGUAAUGUGUGGUGGGAGGUUAUUUGGGUGGUACCUGGAUUUGUACAAGGUUUGUUCGACUAGUGGUCAAGGCAUUGCUGCAGGUCAAUUGAAAGAAGAAUUUGGAGUGCCAUUCCUCUGGUGGCUCUUUGGUCAAUUUGGAGCACGGAAAUGA